AUGAGGACGGCUGUCCUGUUCGGCCGGUUCUGCUUGAGACGUGGCGCAACUUCACGGUCACUGUCCCGAGUCGCGCCGCCGUGUCGAUGGCACUCAUGGCCGCCAAGCCAUUGGAAACGACCUCCGGCCAGGGGUCCAACUUUACGGGGGGUCUUGCUUGCUGCUUUAACCCCCGGCGCCUUUCUAAAACUCGCAGAAGAACAAGACAAUGGCGCGAAGACCAGUGAAAUGCAGAUGCUGGAGAUCUCAAGACAGGAGUUGCAACAGAGCGCCACGGAGAAGGUCCAGGGGCUUCCUCGUUUUUUACGAUCUCUUUUCAUCUUCUGGAAAUACUACGUCUAUGAUACGGUAGCCACUGGCUGUCGAUUUGUUCACUUGGUGGCGGUCUUCCUGCCUGUCAUCCUCACGGCGCCGGCCGUAUGGUUCGGUAGGCGGAUCGAAGGUCGCCAAGGUACACGCACGGGAACCCUAUGGUGGUAUAAGUACCUUGUCAGGUCAAUGGAACGCGCAGGACCAACUUUCAUCAAGCUUGGACAAUGGGCGGCGUCGCGAACCGACAUCUUUCCCCCGGAAAUGUGUGAAUACAUGUCCUCUCUGCACUCGAAUGCUCCGGCCCACUCCUUAAAAGUUACCAAGGAGACUAUCGUCAAAGCCUUCAACGGAUUGCCAUUCGAGGAUAUAUUUGAGGAGUUCAACGAGGAGCCCCUAGGGGUAGGAGCCAUUGCUCAGGUCUACAAGGCAAAGUUGAAACCGGACCUGGCAGCUACCCAUGACCGGGACCUGAUCUCUCAACCUCAGAGCUUACAAAACAAAAUCCGAAAGAAUGUUGAUGUGUUAGUGAAGAGUACGCCUCAGCGAGUUCCAUCGUCUUAUGUUGCCAUCAAAGUACUUCAUCCUCGGGUAGAACGAGUGAUCCGCCGAGACCUGACGAUUAUGUCUUUUUUCGCCUCGAUGAUUAAUGCUAUCCCGACCUUGCACUGGCUGUCAUUACCAGAUGAAGUCCAUCAGUUCGGAGAGAUGAUGAAGUUGCAGUUGGAUCUUCGGAUUGAGGCGAGUAACCUGGUCAUCUUCCGAGAGAAAUUCCAGCAGCGGACCACCGCAUGGUUUCCGUAUCCCUAUCUGGACUACAGCACCCGUGAAGUCCUUGUUGAAGAGUUUGCGCAAGGGAUUCCCCUGUCGAAAUUCUUAGAUGCCGGAGGCGGGGUCUAUCAACAGGAAAUUGCCAACGAGGGUCUGGAUGCAUUCCUCCAUAUGUUACUAAUUGAUAACUUUGUCCAUGCCGACCUACACCCGGGUAAUAUCAUGGUGCGAUUCUAUAAGCCGAGCGAACUAGAUAUCUCAUUUCGCAAGCAUACCCGCGCGUCGGAUGCGCCCACCACGGCGGAGGUGGAUGUGACGGAGAAUGUCCUUGCACGCCUGAGACCACAUGCCCGCCAUCAGGAAGACUGGACGAAGGCGUUGAGCCAGCUGAAUGCGGAGGGCUAUCGCCCUCAGCUCAUCUUCAUCGACACCGGCCUAGUUACGCAGCUCAAUGAUUCAAACCGGAAGAACUUCCUAGAUCUCUUCCGCGCGGUGGCGGAGUUCGACGGCUACCGGGCGGGAAAACUCAUGGCUCAGCGAUGUCGUCAGCCAGGAGAGGUCAUUGACGAAGAUGGAUUCGCAAUGAAGGUGAAUCAUCUCGUGCAAAACGUCAAAUCUCGAACUUUUGCUUUGGGUAAUAUCAGAAUCGGGGACGUCUUGAGUGAGAUACUCUCAAUAGUCCGAGGCCAUCACGUUCGACUGGAAGGUGACUUUGUUAACGUCGUCAUAUCGAUCCUUUUGCUUGAGGGGAUUGGGAGGAGCCUUGACCCCAACCUUGACCUUUUCAAGAGCGCGCUCCCCAUAUUGCGGACCCUCGGAUCCAACGCCACCUUCUUGAAAUCCGUUCGAUCGGGUGACACUUCAAUGCUCCGGGUGUGGGUUGGACUUGAAACACGCGGAUUACUUCAAGCCAGCAUCGAAAGCGUGGAGCAAUGUGUCAAAUAUGAUCAACUCUCCCCUAACAUCUAG